AUGCAGAGCGCCGUUUUUUUUUACUUUUUUCCCCCUCCGCCGCCGCGUAAUCCGUGCGCCGAGUCGGGGACAGCAGCCCGACACGUCUGGUUGCGGUGUGUGCAGCCAGCCAGCUGUCCGUGUGUGCGUGCGCGCGCCGCGUGUCCCGAGUCACGGCGGCGGCCGCUCCGCCACGCCUCGUCUCACCUCGCCACUCCACCUGCUGACCGACGACUUCGAAGCCGAAACUUUGCGCCACUGAUUGAGUCUCCAUUGGGCAGAAGGCAUGACAUACCCAGCUUUAGAGGGCCUAGAAGUCUUUUCCUGAGACGGUGUGAGAAUGGCUUUGGGUUCACUCUCAGGCACUUCAUUGUCUAUCCACCUGAGUCGUACACAGUGCUGCAAGGUGAGAAAAGAUUGGGUGUACAGCAUGGGCACCAUGGCGCUGCUCUUGAUGAGCCCAUGGACACAAUAUUUGUGAAGAAUGUAUAUGAGAACAGUCCAGCUCAUGCCGCAGGCCUUGCUACAGGGGAUCGCAUCAUCAGUGUGAAUGGUUUGGCAGUGACAGGCUGUAGCUACGCGCAGGUGGUGCAGACUAUACAACACAGCGGAAACUUCCUGCACCUGCUUGUCGUGCCUAAGGAAAACGACUUACUGCAGCUGUACUUCGGUGAGACGGCGCACAACCCUGAGACAAACCGGCGGCCAUCACGGCUGCACUCACCUGGCCGUGGCAUGCUGCAGCAGGCGGCUCCACCGCUGCGGCAGUAUGCCUCCCCUCCACCGUACCGCCCAUUGCAACAGGAUCCUGACUUCCGUAGUCGACGUUCCAGUGAGGGCUGUGACCGUGACCAUAGCCCUUUCCGAUCAGAGCGUCGCACUAGUGCAGACAACUGGGGUGGAUACAGGGCAACAAACAGCAGGGUAGGACCAGAGAAUCCUUCCUCACAAGUUCCAGAAAGUCAGCCUUUCGGUAGUCAGGAUAGCUAUCUUCAGCUGCCUGGUUGCCGGCGAAGCCUGGACGGUGGAGAUGGCGGAGGGGGAGGAGGAGGGGGAGGAGGAGGCAGUCGCAGAGAGUCAUCUAGCUCUCUUCCAAGUACAGACUAUCUUACACCUUCGGACAGUAAAGACAGCCUGUACGGAUCUACAUCUACGCUUACAGGGGGACGCAGCAGUGAUGAUUCAAUUAUCAUUGACAGGAUACGGAAGAGCUUUGAACAGAAAGAAGAAUUUUUGAGGCGGCCUAAUCAACCCAUUUCAUGGAGUGUCCUUGAAAAUGUGGUCAGAAAUCAGCAACAGCAUCAUCAUCAGCAGCAGCAACAACAGCAACAGCAGCUCCAUCAUAAUCAUCAGCAGCAGCAACACCACCUCCAUCACCAACAACAAAUUCAUCAACAGCAGCAACUUCAGUACCAACAACAGCAGCAAAAUCAGUGUUACCAAAAUCAUCCACAGACUGCAGCCCAGAAUUCACAAAGCAGGGCAAUUAUUGCUAGGGAAUUCUAUGCCAGACCACAGAAAUUUCAACGUCCAGUGUGGCCACCAACUAAUUCUGCUUCGUCACUACCGUCACAAAUUGCUCCACCUAGUGAUGAAAGACAGGAAUCCCCAGUGAGAACCACUAGUGCAAGAGUUAAUCAUGUGAGACCCUUGCAUCAGAGUCUCCGUCGUGUUAAGUCUGAUGUGGAUGCUGAGCGGCAGUCCUCAGCAUGUGGUAGUGAGGACAGCAGUAACCGCAGUGUGGCAGAGCACAUACUGCCAUUUGAAAGAGCAUCAUCUGAACCAUGUGAGGACAGGAGUGUAAAUAGGUCACAACAUAACUCUCUCAGUGCAAAGUUACCGUACAGUCCUGUGAUGCCCAUUGAGAGUGCAAAUUCUCAAGUGAGAAGUGUUCCUGCUGCAAACAGACCUGGAACAGGCAAGACACCCUUUGUGACUACACUGACACGCAUUCAUGAAAACAUACCUGCCAUUGACCGCAGACGAGAAUUUGCCAAUUCUCAGUCAGAAUUUGCAUUCCAGAAUCUCCAGCAGCCAGAUCAGAGAUCCAUUUCAAGACCCACAGAGGAUGGACCUAGGCGUGAGAGGUCCUGUGAACGUAUGCAACAAGUGCAACCUCAGCAGAAGGAAAAUGUGGCGGAAUGGCAAAGGCUUUCUCCUGAGCCUGAAUUACAACCUGUUUACCAACGAGCAAGGCAGUUUGAAGAAGGCCUUCUGGCGGAGGACCGCACCAGCUUGUACCGCAGUGAAUUGGCUCGCCUAUCUGCCAAGAAGAGUGUACCAAAUGUGGCUGUGCGAAAGCGUGAAUUUGAGUCACGUUCGACAGCCUCUCCUCCUUCCUCGUCUGCAGUAACUAGGGAAUCUCGAGAAUCGAGACGUACCACCCGUGAGAGCAGAUCACUAGAGAGUGCUGAACUCUCUAAGAAGAAGAAAGAUGGUGAAUUAAUCAACACGGGGGUCUCAGGCAACCGUAUGAUUUUAGUAGGCAGUACAAAGCUACACUGUGAACCUCCUUGUGAUUUCAAGCAGUUUAAUGUUGCUCCAGAACCACCUAGUCAUGAACCACCUGUGCGCUUACGUGCACGGUCCAACUCAGCUGAAUCGUGGGCUGCUGCAGCUCGAAAUCGAAUGGCAACAGCUUCACCAAGAUGGGAAGAUGAGGCAGCAAGGGGCCGUAGUUGUGAAAGGGAUAGAGAGAAGCUGUGGGACAGAAUUCAAGAACAGAACAAGGACAUUAAUGACAAGGAUAGAAACUUGGAAUGGGAUGCUGGAGAGGAGCCACUUCGACAUCGUGCUGUUAGACAGGAUUCUUACUUGGCUGCUGUGAGGACACCAUUUGGUACAGAACGACCCAACAGGCUCAUAACACACCAGACACCACAGUCUGUGACCGAGGAGGAGGGAGGACAUCCUGUAGUCUCUUCUGUGUGUUCUCAAAUAUCCCCUCCUCGACCUACUCAGUUAGAUAUACCCAAUCCUGCACGUCCUGCAGAAAUGGGUCCAGGUGCUCCGGCAGCUGAGGGAGAUGCAGUCAAAGGUAACACAGGCCAGCCUAGCCCUCACAUACCUGUUGUCACCAGAAGGCAGAAAGCAACAGAGCUAAUAGGUGAAGAAGAUCGGCAUGCGAGAAGAGUAUCCUACCUAAAGGCUACAUGGGGAGAUAGGAUGCAUGUUGAUAGUGACCUGGAGUUAAGUGACUCGGAAGCUCCAGUAUUUGUGGAACAGAGAAGAAGACAGCAAGGUUGGAAAUCUGCACAGUUAGUGCCUGAUGUUGAGCGACUUGUAAAAAUUGUUGAGGAAGUGCCACCUGUUAUUAUCACUUCCCAAUGUUAUGGGGAAUCAAAUGCACCAGUGGAGAUCGGAGAUGAAGAAACUGAUGGCAAAUCUCAGGUGAUACGAGAAGGUUGGCUUCAGUGCAAGGUUUCACUCAUUGAAGGAAAGCGUUCAUCUGAUCGAUCGUGGCGCCAGCUGUGGGUUGUCCUUGAGAACACUGGCCUUAUAUUGUACAGGGCAGCAACUUGUUCAGAUGAAGAAGCACGUGUGCAACCACUGCAUGGAGUCACAGUGGAGGUGGCAGCUAUCACAGGUUACACCAAACGCAAGAAUGUUAUACGCUUGACAGUACCUACAGGCAGUGAGCUUCUGCUGCAAGCAGAGGAUGAAGUCACCAUGAAUGCAUGGCUGCAUGCACUCCAGGAGAGAGUUUCAACACCACAUCCUCACAUUGUCACUGCAGAUGAGGAGGAAGCUGUAAAAACACAGCAAACCUUUGGAAGCACUCAUCUGUCACCUCAACCUGCUCACAAAGGUAUCCGGAAGCUCACGUCAUUCCGAAACCGGUCACCUACAGGCCAAUCUCCUGUGAAUAAAACUCGCAAACCAAGCCAGUCAGAUCAACUGCCUUCACCAAAGUCAAAAACAUGGAAAGGCCGUGUUUAUCAGCAGUUCAAACGGAUACAGCAAGGUGGUGGUUCACCAAACUCACCAACAGCUCCUCACCCAGAAGGUGCAACCAUUGGUAUCCCUCUUGAGGAGUGUCCUCCAUCCAAAUUCUCUGAAUAUGUUCCAUUGUUGGUGGAAAUGUGUACUAGUAUAGUUGACACAAGAGGCUUGGAUAUUAUUGGUAUCUACCGUGUUCCUGGAAAUACUGCAGCUGUUUCAUCACUCACAGAAAGCCUGAACAAAGGAUUUGAUUGGGAAAACAUGCAGGAUCCACGAUGGAAUGAUGUUAAUGUAAUAUCCAGUCUGUUGAAGCUGUUCUUCCGGAGGCUACCCGACUCAUUAUUUACAAAUGAGCUUUAUCCUAGUUUCAUAGAGGCUGAUAAAAUUGAAGAUUCAAACAAACGUUUUGCUCGUAUAAAGAAACUGGUGCAUGAGCUUCCAGAGCACCAUUUCGAAACGCUUAAGUACCUGAUGUACCAUUUAAAAAAAGUGGUUGCACAUAGUGAGACAAACAAAAUGGAAGCACGUAAUUUGGCUAUUGUAUUUGGCCCAACACUGGUUCGAGCAGCAGAUGAAAAUAUGGUGACUAUGGUAACAGACAUGUCACACCAAUGUCGUAUAGUGGAGUCACUGAUACAGCAGGUUGACUGGUUCUUUUCUGACUAUGAUAUUGAUGAUCCAAAUAACCUACCAACAAAUCUGCCACAGGAUUCUAAUGAAAUGGAAUCUACUAAUCAGAAUUUAUUACUAAGCAACAUUCAAAAAGUGGAAGGUAAAAAAACUGGCAUGAAGGGUGAUUCUCCGAAUAAGGACAUCAGUGCCAAAGACAUUGUUUCAUCAAUUAUAUCUGCAGCAAACCGCAAAAUGCAGAAAGCCAAAGCAAAGAAAACAACAAAUACAGCAAGUCUUGGUGUAGAGGAUGUAUUUGUGGACAGCCAGAACCACACUGAAGAAAAGCAGAGGGAAAACAAUAAUCAGGUUCGUGAAGGAGGUACACCAGAACAAGAUGAUGCCAUCUCUCAGAAUGUGGCAUCAGAUUCGCCUGCUGGCAGUGAUGAUAAAAUUUAUUCUGGAAUUGAAGAGGAGGAUCUUAAUAGAGAAAAGGAAAAUAUUAAUGUUAAUAGUAAUCCAGUUAAUCCGAUAUGUGAGAAGAUGCAUCCUGAUAUUAGGAAAUAUUUCAGUAAUGAUGAAACGACAUGGACUUACUCAGGAUUGUCAGCUACAACUCAAGAACGAAUACGAAGGUUUGAAUUGGAGACCAAGGCAAUGCUACAAAGAGACCUGACACGGCAGAGGCACGAGCAAGAGGAACGUGAGAAGGAACGUAGAAGAAUCGAAGCAGAAUGGCAGCAGGCUAAGCGUGAUCUUGAGGGGGAUGACCCACUUGAUUCUCUUGCAGACAAUCCAUCAGAUAUCACAAACAAAAUUAAAAAGAGUGAUACCUCAGUGCCAUCUACAACAAGUCAGAUACACAAAGCAUCACCAGCAGCUGCAUUUUUAACCAACACAAUAAUGCAGCAGCAAGCACUUCAUGGAGCCCUCACAGCAGAAAGGAAUAAUGGCAAGGAGACAGGCUCUACAGUUCCUUCAAAUAAAAGUACAACUGAUCUUCACCAUAAAAUGCUCAGUAAUGACACCUCACACAAACCAGAAGCUUGUGGGUCUCACAGCAGGAAACUGAAUGAAAGCCAGCCUCGAAAUUUAUUGAGACGCGGCAGCUCUGCAGAGAACCUGCAGGCACUUGAGGAGGUUUCUCAGAAAGGUGUUAUUAAUAGCAUGCUCAAGAGACUAAAGACUGAAAAGGAGAAUGUGGAGCUAUCUCAGCCCCUUACAUCUCUUCGUUGUGGAUCUCUGGAUUCGUUACAUGAAACUCACUUGACUGAACAUCCCACUGCAAGUGACAUAUCUGAUGAUGGAAGCGAUCUGCUGGCAAGCUUCACAUCAACCUUUGAUCGUAAGCUGAAAUCCCUGCUAAGCACCACGCAAGUGGCUGAAGAAGAUGAAAACAAGAUAUACCGUGAUCCAAGUCUCCACAGAGGGCGAUCUGUGCAUAGCUGGGAUGCAUGUGUGAAAGAGGGCUGUGAUGCAGAACUUCCAAGAUCCCAGAACAGAGAGUCCAGCACAGGACAGAAAAAUGUUUCAGAGCAUAAAGCAGUCCUUUCUGAUCUUAAGAACACAAGUAAUCUAGAAAAAGUGGACACACACAGUGCUGAAAAAACAGAUCAAGGCCUUAUGUCUAAUUCAAAGACAAAAAGUUGUGAAUCAGCUGCUAAUAAUGAGAAAACUGAAUUGACACGAAAUUCAAAAUUGAGGCGUUCGGGAUCUCUUACCAAAGCAGACAAGAGUGAAUCUUUAGCUAACACAAAACUUAGACGGUCUGAAUCAUUAACUAAAGCAGAAAGAUAUGAAUUAUUAUCAACUACAAAACUUAAAAGAUCUGAUUCUCUCACAAAGACAGAAAAGACUGAGUCAAACAACAGCAAGAGGAAACAAGAAAUGCGCACAUUGCGAGGCUACGGCAGGGAGAAGGAGAAUGUUGCCAUUUUGGUGAAACUCAAGCGAAAGAAUGGUAUGCCAGAAAGAUCUAUUAAGCGUAGGCAUACUGUUGGUGGCACUAAAGACUUUGACAAAUUGCAUUGGGUGGAUAACAGAUUGCAGUACCAACAACAACAGUUAAAUGAGAAAGAGGAUAAAGAAAGACGCACAAGUUCACCAGAGCUCAGCAGCCAUAGUCUGCCAGAACCUAUACCUCCCCUAGAGUCUCAUGUCUGAAAAUACUGCAGUGUAGGAUGAUUGCACAUGCAAGUGAACUCAUUUAGUUUGGGUGUGUAAUUAACUCACACACUCGGCCUCACUCAUCUGUAUUGUACCAAAUAAUCAGUGUCAAGAGUUCCUUCAGAUUUGUGUAAAUAAUCUGCAAAUCUAGUUGGGCUGGUAACAGUUUUAAAAUGGAAAUGUGUGUUAUAUUUUAAGAAUUGCUAUGGAUAUACAAUAUAUCAUUCUGUCUUUAUUGCAGUAGCCUUGAAGCUACAUAAAGUGUCAUUACUGGUGAUAUGUAGAGUAGUGUAUUUGCAAGAAAUUCAGAGUAUAUCUGCUGUAUUUUAGAGUGGUCAAGUUUUAAAAAUAAACUUUUUAUAGUUAGUUUAUAUUGCGCUGUAGAGAAGCUAUUCAAACAUAUAUUCAUUUAAUGCCAUUGUAAACUUGACAAAUUGACUGAGAAAAACAAUUUCAAAUUAAUAUUUGUAUCAAAUAGAAAGUUACUUUUGUGAUUUCUUUUGAACCAAAUAGUUUCGUUGCACACAUGCACGUUAUUUUGGUACAAGUGUUUUGCCUGGUAAACUUUACAAAAACAACUUACCUGGACUCUUACUCCAGAUAUAUAUGUAUUAGUGAGCAGAGAUGACCUGCACAGAAAGUAUUGUGAUAAAACCUUCAUAUUUUUCAAUGUAUUUAUUCCAUUGUUCUUGCAUCGAUUGUAAAUAAUAUGUUACUUUGGCUUUCUUCUGUUAAGUAGUAUCGAGACUUCAUAAAUUUUAAUAUAUUAAUUUUACCAAAAAUCCCCCUGAAUUAAACUGUUUCAUUUUGUAUUAUGUGUAACAGAUUCAGAGUUAUUUAUUUGCACAUACGUCGUUUCCUACAGUUUGUUAAAAAGCUGUUGUUUUGGUUUCUGUAAGAGGAGGAUGAUAUUGUUCUAGUUUGAGCAUCACGCUAGCUAUAGUACAAAUUACUGAAUUGACUGCAAUAUUAAAAUUUAACAAUUCAUCAUCUUACUAUAAAUCGAUAUUUGUUGCGAAGGGAGAAGAAGAAGUCUGUUGUGGAUAGUGUUCAUAGUGUUUGUAGCAGAAGUGUAGUGUCUCAAGAGUUGCAGUUCAUCAGCUUUGAAUGAGUAUAAAAAAGUGAAAUGUGAUAUUUGUUUUUAUUGUACAGUGUUAGAAAUCUAUAAAAUACUUUAUUUAUUUACAUGUAUAAAGCUAUAAAGUAUGAGAUUGGAAUUUCUUUUCUUCGAGUUAGUGCAAAUAUGUCAAUUAUAAAUAACGAAGAGAAUUAUUUUUUGUUUCACUGUAGGUUUUCAGUGAUACACAAUUAUUUUUACAGUGUUGCCAAUGUUGAUAUUUCCUUUUUUAAAAAAGUUAUCUUAAAUGCUUUUCAUAAAAAUAACUAGAAAAUUUCAUGUGAUGGAAGCAUAUGUUUUCAGUGUUGUUGAUAUCCAUGUAGAUUAAUGUAUGAUUUUGUAUCAUUCAUAGAAUUAAUGUAGUAUGUCAAAAAUGCCUUAUACCAAAAACACCAAUGAUAUAUUUUGGGCGCUUUUGUUCUUUCAUGUUUGGUUCAUACUCAAUUGCUGUAAUAUUUUACAUGCAGAUUACAUCUGCAAUGUAACUUGCGGAGAUAAAGAGCUGUAAAUAUAUACUGAAACCGGUUGAAGGGAUGAGUCUGUAAAAAUGUACAUUAUUUAUACAAAAUAUUUGUGUCUUUGUUUGAGACUUCGUCUGAUUCAUUGUUGCAAUAUACUCAGUGUGAAUAAAUAUUAAAUGUCUGGUGGUCCA